AUGCUCCCAUGCAACUUCCUCACAGCAUUGGCCAUCGUCGGCCUCUCAGCCGCCCAGAUCCAAAUCCCGCCGUCCAACGCCGCCGACUGCCCACGAACCAUGUGUCUCGACGGUAUCAACCCGGAAUGCGGUAUCCGAUGGGGAGGCUGCUAUGACAUGUGCCAGCCACGAAUGAAGCCCACGAUGCCGCCCUGCAAAUCCACGCUGAGCAAGUCCACCAUCUCGAGAACGCCGAAGCCCCCCUUCACGAGGCCCACGCGGCUAAGUCUGCCGGUCCCGACCCGCAGCCCGACAAUCACUCGGGCCCCGCCCAGCUUGAGUCUCCGGCCUACGUCGAGCGACAACUGCAGCACGCGUUCGGUGUGUGUUGACUACAUCAACGAGUGCGGACAGUGGUAUGGCGGAUGCCAUGCCGAUUGCAAGCCCUGGCCGUCGUACUCCAAGCCCCUGUGCACAUCCACACCCAGCUUGACUGUUAACCCGUCUACGUUACCGACCGAUUACUAA